GUUUCAUGUCUGUCUAUGGUUUUGGAGUGAUGGCUUCUCUUUCUCGAGUCUAUGGUUUUAAAAACGAAAUGGAAGAUAGCCAUUUGUAGAAUAACCAAACAAUUAUUGGAUAUUUCGCCCUUGUGUGGCCGUUUCAGGCUGAUAUUGUUCAAAUCCCAUACAUUCAGUUCAUUAUCCAGUAUGAUUGAGAGCACAAAAGGAUAGUCCACUAUGGAUGGAGACGGGGAGGAUUUCAACCUCCAUUGGGAGGAAGAGGUGGAGGUGAAGCAUUCUCAUUGUGAAGGAGCAACAGAGGCCCCAUAUGGUCUUGAAACCGUACAAAGUGCAUCUUAUUCAAAUAUGCCGUCUGAAAUAAUACAUGAUACGGAUCAGAUGGCAGCGGAGAAUCUUAUGUACUUAUCACAAGAUGUUGUGAAUUAUGUUACGGAUGCAGCUGAGCUAGACCCCAGUGUGGAGUGUGUAACUGAAGAAGUGAUCACCGAUGACUGGGUUGGGCACGGGGGACAGGAUAGGGUGGAAGUGCCCAUGGAACACUUGGCAAACCCAGUGCUAGAUGUCAAAGAAGAAAAUGACAUUGAUGUUCCAUUGCCAACAGAUCAGGAUGAAUACACGGCAAUGCGUCCAUGGCCGUGCGACUUUUGUUCGCGAAGGUUCCGUAAGAAGGCGGCGCUGAUGAACCACAUGGUGGCCCAUCAGAACGACCGACCGCACGCAUGCAACCUCUGCGGCGUGCGCUACGUCCGGAAAUGUGACCUCAUGAACCAUCUCAAGGUGCACGCCUUCGUGCCUGACAACAACGACUCCGUUGAUUAUGAAGAGAUGCUAGACAGCAAUCAAUUAUUGAAACCAAAGAAGAAGAGAGGGCGACGGAAAAAGAACUCUGAACCUGCAGAGAACGGCGAGAUGUGGGAGCACAUGACGUCGGCGCGCACGCAGCAGUGGUCGCGGCGCGCGCGCUCCCCGCGGCCGCCGCCGCCGCCCGCGCCGGCGCCGGAGCCCGAGCCGCCCGAGCCGCCGCCGCCGCCCGCCGACCCCUCGCGCCCCUUCGUCUGCCGCCACUGCGGGGUCGGCUUCGCUAGGGAGAAGGCGUUGCAGUCGCAUGCGAGGGUGCACGGCGGGGACUCGCCGGUGGAGUGCGGCGCGUGCGGCGAGCUGUGCUGGUCGCGGGAGGCGCUGGCGGCGCACACGCGCUCCAAGCACCCGCACCUGCCGCCGCGGCACCACCAGCCCGACCCCGACUACAACGACUCCAACUCCGGCGACGAUGACAUGGAGUUCCGCCUGUCGCCCGCGUCACGGGAGACUAGUGUGGAGCGCGUGGGCGCGGACACCCGCGGCCCCUCGCUGUUCUGUCAGGACUGCGGCGUAGCCUUCCAGCGCGCGGACCUGCUGAGGCGACACGUCGCCGCCGCUCAUAGCUACAAGCGGCACGCGUCGGACAGCGCCAGCAGCACGUGGGGCGAGCACGCGUGCGACGUGUGCGGCGAGACGUGCCCCGACGCGCUGCAGCUGCUGGCGCACGCCGAGCUGCACGCCGAGCGGCACCGCGCGCCCGGACACAGGUUAAAAAAGAUGUCGCGGGGUCGAAAUAAUACUUCAACGUCGAAUAGUUCGCGACAGUUCCCAUGUAGAGAAUGUGGUAAGGUGUUUGGGUCGCGCAGCUCGCAGCAGAUCCACGUACGUAUCCACACGGGCGAGCGGCCGUACGCGUGCCGGUUCUGCUGGAAGGCCUUCGCCGACGGCGGCACGCUGCGCAAACAUGAGAGAAUACACACAGGUGAGAAGCCGUACGCAUGCGCGGUAUGUCCGCGCGCGUUCAACCAGCGCGUGGUGCUGCGGGAACAUGUGCGGUCGCACCACUCCGCGCCCGACAGAAGGGUUAAUGGUGGUCCCGCGUAUUGUUGUGUGGUGUGUGGUCGAACGUUGCAUUCGAGUGCAGAGUUAGUGCAGCACCUCAUUCAGCAUUGUGACGCGAACACGGCAAUGAAGAGGCAGCCACAGACCGGACCCAGGAAAUACAAACGUCGGCGGAAAAUAAAGACGGAAUCGUCCCCCGGGCGGGAGUGGUCGCGGGGCUCCACGUCGCCCGCGUCCCCCGCGGCGUCGCCGCCCGCGCCCUCCCCGCCCGCGCCCUCCCCGCCGCCCGAGCCGCCGCGCCGCCGCCGCCCGCGCCGCCACGCCGAGCCGCCGCCGCGCCCGCGCAUGAUACACACCGAGGAGCCCCGCCCCAGGACCAAACAGGUGCGGCAGCGGCGGCCGCCGCGCCACCCGGCGGACGACCUGCGCGCCAUCCGGCCCGCGCUGCGCUCGCCCUCGCCCGCGCCCUCGCCGCCCUCCCCCGCCUCGCCCGCCUCCCCUGCCUCGCCCGCCUCGCCCGACCUGGAGACUAAACUAGUACCCAAACUGGAGCCCGGCUCCGACGCCGCCGCCGGACCCUUCAAGUGCGAGAUGUGCUCCCUGGAGUUCACGCGGCGCGACGCCCUCCUGCUGCACGUGCCCGUGCAUAUAUGACGCACGAGUCCUCGCGUGCGGCCGCGCCCGCCCACUCAGACUACUUAACACCCGACACGUCAGAUUGUAAACGGCUACUUAUAAUGAGUCAAGAAGAAUAUAAUGAUAGACCCGGCGAAAACUUGGUACCUCGUUCUUAUGAUGUUAAGUUGUAGAAUAAUGUAAGUGCCUCGAUAAGCGGCUAGCUGACUACGUAACGCGCACGCUAGAGGUUGGCUGGAACUCGAUUCGGUUGCCUAUUCUUAUAGCGUAGUUAUUCUUCUUGUUUUACUAUAAUUGGUCGUUGAAAUGGCGUCGAUGGUCAGCAGGGUAUGAAGGAAGACAGUUCCACUACGCUACGAUCUUGUCGCGUUAGUGUCGGCUCUCCAGAAUUGAGGUGGUAGCUGAAAAAGACUGAUAUCGCUUCUUAGUGACAUACUCUGUCUUAAACCAACAAGCAGACGAAUCGUUAUGAUGUCAAAGAAAAUAAAUUAUAGAUAUUAAAUGCAAACGGACCUCCAAAUACACUUGUGUCCUUGAAUUACCAAAGUAUGUGGAAUAUUGUGGGUAAAUCUAUGAAUCUCCAUGUUUAAACAAACUUGUUGAAAACUAAAAGCUAUAUCUUUGACAUAAUCUGCUUUCAUAUAUCAUGAGAUGAGAUACCUAAUGUGUGAAUACUGAUUUUGUAACAAUUAGAAAACUUGAAAAGUAAUAAAAAUUGUGAAAUAUGGUUUAGGAUCAGAUAUAAUUAGAUAAGUUCAUAAAAUUUAGUGCAAUGUGUUAAACAAGAAAUGUUGUUCACUUUUAUUGUCUAUUUAGUGACCAAUAGAAGACUGGAUAACUGUUCCGUAGUAAUAUCUAUCUAAUAAUGAUGUCAACUCAAAUAGUGUAAACUACUUUGUGUAUAAAUAUUGUAAUAAUGUUGUGACUGUGUGUGCAUGUAUGUUAUUUGAACGGAUUGUAGGUACUAUGGCCAUGGACUCGUAUCGAUCGUCACUAUAUUUAUAGUGAAUUAGUAUUGUGGUGUUGUUACUGUCAAUUAUGCUAUCUACAAUGUAAAUAUUAGGUUCUGGCAAUUCUUCAAAAUGUAUUUGAGGCUAGGAACGUUACAGUGGCACGGCGCGUAUUAUUUUACCCCAGUUCUCUAUUGUGUAAUAUUGUUGUUUACAUGUCGCAAGCGUUUAGAAUUUACUUUAGUAUUUGUUGAAUGUUACAUGUCUAAGGUAUGUUUAACAAUCGGGAGUUCUAUGAGAAGGUUGUAAAAUAACUGCCGUUAAAUUAAUUUACUAAAUAUUUAAUUCGUUAUUGAAUAUAAAGUUGCUGUUUAUCAUUUCAUAUUCUCCUGAACUGUAGAAUGCCAUGAUGUUUAUUCUACACGCUUGUUACAUAUCAUUUAAGACUUCUCAUGUUUUUGGGUAUUGUAUUGUUGUAUUUUACUAAUUGACUGAUCAUAUGUAUUAGUUGUAUUUUUAUUACAUUAUUAAAGUAUUGUACAUAAAAUAUGUAUGUAAUAAAUGUUUGCGGCCGCAGUUUUUUCUACAUUUGGUACAAAUGCUGUAUGUUUUGGGUACCUUUUUGAAUGUUUAUAUUUGCUUUUUGUGAUAUAGACAUAUUUAAUGUAACACAAGGUUUAAGAAAACUUGUGCCAUAUGACGUUGACAAGUAUAUAGGACAUACAUUGUUUUAAUAGUUUGUUGCCGUUACUCGACGAUAUCGUUCGUGUCCAGCCUACAUCAUCGAGGCGAAACUUGUUGUUUUCACUAGAAUAAAAUGUAGUGCAAUACAUUCCCCAAAUUACAUAGAAGGAUUACGUUUAUUUAACGUAUUUCGAAAUCCUUUAAAUUUAUUGUUGUACACUGGAAACCAUUGAUUAUAAUUGUACAUAUACGUGAAAUAAAAUAUUAUGCUGAUUUCAAAAUA